ACGAGGCUCUUUAAGUAGUUGCUUUUCAUCCAAAGUUCUUUGAUAAAUUAAUAAGGCAUUUAACAAGCCAUUAAUGAAGCAGGAAGUCUUUUAGGCAAAGAGAAUAUUAACUUCAAGUGGGCAAAACUGUGAAAGCGAUUCAGGAAAGCGAAGCCGCCGGAGUGAGCAGACCAGAGAUUCAUCCGGAUGAUCACAUAUCUUGCUACAGGUAUCACCAACCUAUCUUUAGGCACCUUCUGGAAAGAUAGUUCAUUGAUACCAGCUCCAGCAGCCCAGGAAUUUGUUUGAUGUACUUAAGAGAUUGGUAACAAUAGCUCCUAACGUGACUGCGUUGCGAGGUGACAGCGUUUCCUUGGAGACAGUGGAUCCAUCCAGCCCCAGCCAGGAUCCUUGCAGGUUACCCCUCUCCAGAGGCUGUAGAACUCCCUCCCUAUGCAGGGGCAGAGAUGGGAAGAUAAGCUUUGGCUGUAGACAAACAGCCUUGUGCAAGAUGUGAGGAUUUUGUGCACCAGCGAGACAUGUCUGAAAGUUCCUCAGGUCUGACUACAAGCAAUGAAAAGUUCAGCAAAUCCUAUCCAUCCUGCUGCCCCAUCCUGAGGGACACACACCCAAUCCCACCGGGUUUGUCACAAGGCAGAGGAAUCAUCAGGCCAAACUGUGACUCUGGGCUGCCUUCCCCACUUCCUUCUGACUCCUUCAAGUACCUUGGCUGGUGUGACAUAGAGGAACACGAUGUUCGAGGAAAUCAGCUCCGUUGUCCCCGAGUGAGAGAAGGGCCCCCAGAAGAAGAGCUGUUUUUCAGGAGAGAAGAACAUACUUUGAAAAAAAGAAAACAAGUAACUGACACAGAGAAAUGGGAGAAGAGGCUGCAAGAGAACUGGGAAAACUGUGCUGAGCUGAACCUUUCAUUCCAGGACCUGGGUGAUGUUUACCAGGUGGAAAACUUCAAGAGGAUUCUCCGAAGGUUAAUUCGUGUGGAAAAGCUUUGGUUGGUGGACAAUUCUUUGACAGACCUCAGUGCCAUAAGGUUGCCAAGAUGCAGAGAAUUAAAUGUCAAUAAAAACCACUUUAGAUCCUUCAAACAGCUGCCAAAGAUCCCUCAGAUUCAGCACUUAUCUCUGGCUGAAAAUAACAUUGUGACACUAAGUGGAAUAUCAGAUUUCAGACACACUCCGCUCGAAUCCCUCAUUCUCAAGAGGAAUCCCUGUGAGUUCCAAGAAAAAUACAGACAACUUGUGUUCUCCAGUUUGCCAAAUCUGAAAAUGCUGGAUGGGAUCCCAAAACUGCCAGAGGACUGUUCACCCCCAGAUAUUGGGUUUUUUUACAAAAUGUGUACUAUACUCUAGCACUGUAUUUUUGGGGGAUCACAACUGUGCUACAACCACCUCGCUGAAAACAGACAAUAAAUCCUGUUUAUGGAAGUUACUCAUUUUUUUUUCUAACCAAAGAGAGAUUGAAGCAGAAAUAUAACAGUUUUGAAUGCAUUUGUGAUACCACAGACUUCAAGUAAUUAUGGAUAUGGAUAUGUAAAUAACACAGUAUGUGUAUACUGAGUGUCAUGAGUUCAAUGUAUUAAAACUAUUGGGUGA